AUGAAGAGGGAUGAGGGAAAAAGACGGACUGAACCCCCUUGCCUUGUUCCAGGAACAAGCUGGAGGAUAAUGGCAUUCUUCCCGCCAUCACCGAAGAAACGCGUUGUGGCUGUUGGGCAGAGCGCAACCCUUCGGUGGGCGGGAGGCCUCAGCGCUUGCUCCCUCGGGGCAACCGUGACCCAGAUUUUUCAGUUUGAUUCAGCAGAUCCCCAUGCCAGCGAACAGCACGAGAGUCAAGCUCUUUGGAGACAAUUUGCAGAAGGCGUUGCUUCGGACUAUGUGCAUGUUUUUAAGUUACGAGUUUCCUGGUCCCUUCCAGUGUUCCUUUGUUACGGCAAGUGUCUCGUGUCAAGAGAAGUAGCACUGAAGAAUCUUGAAAUAAAAGAAAAUGCACUGAGUCAGCUGGAUGUGCCAUUUAAAGUUAAAGCAGGACAUAUUGGUCAACUUAACCUACAGAUUCCAUGGCAAAACCUUUAUACUCAACCCGUUGAGGCAGUUCUUGAUGGAGUUUAUUUGCUUAUUGUGCCCACAGCCAGCAUAAAAUAUGAUGCUGAAAAAGAAGCCAGGCAGCUCUUGGAAGCAAGACAAAGGGAAUUGCAAAGGAUAGAGGAAGCAAAGCAGAAAAUAGCUGACCAAGAUAAAGUAAAAGAAGAGAAACAGGACACUUUUGUAGAAAAACUCAUCACUCAGGUCAUCAAAAACCUUCAGGUGAAAAUUUCCAACAUCCAUAUUCGCUAUGAAGAUGAUAUCACAAAUCGGAACAACCCCUUGUCAUUUGGGAUUUCACUUCAGAAUCUAAGUUUGCAGACCUCAGAUAAGAAUUGGAAUCCAUGUUUACAUGAUGAAACUGCCAAGUUGUUCUACAAGCUUGUGCGGCUGGAUAACCUUUUUGCUUAUUGGAAUGUGAAAUCGGAGAUGUUCUACCAUGGUGGUUGUGAUGAAUCGUUGGUUAACUUAAAACAGGGAGUUGCCAGCCACAAUGUGAUUCCAGAAGGUUAUGAUUUUGUAUUCCGCCCAAUUUCAGCUAAAGCCAAACUCCUUAUGAAUCCUCGAUCUGAUGUUGACUUUUCAUCACCGAAAAUGGAUUUGGAUGUAAAUUUACAGGAUAUAACUGUUGAAUUCAAUAAGCCACAGUACUUCAGUGUUAUGGAGCUUCUUGAGUCUAUUGAUAUGAUGACUCGAAAUCUGCCAUAUAGGAAGUACAGACCUGAUGUUCCGUUGCACAACAAUGCCAAGACAUGGUGGAAAUACGUUAUCUAUGGCAUCCUUGAAGUAAAUGUUCAACCUAAACUCCAAAUGUGGUCAUGGGAACAUAUUCGGCACCACAGGAAACAAGUGAAGAACUAUAAAGAGAUGUAUAAAACAAAGAUAACGUCAAAAAAGCCUAAUGAAGAAAUCUUAAAAUUGUUGGAGGAAUUUGAAAAGGCCUUGGAUAUUUUUAACAUCACUCUAGCAAGGCAACAAGCAGAAGUUGAGGCAACUAAGGCUGGAUUAAAAAUCUACAGACCAGGAGUAAAACAAGAUGAUGAAAAUUCUGGUGGCUGGUUUAGUUGGAUAUGGAGCUGGUCAGGUGAAAAAAAGGAUGAACAGAAACAAGAAGUAAAGGGUUCAAGUCUUGAAGAGCUGAUGACACCUGAAGAGAAGGCUAAACUUUAUGCAGCAAUUGGAUACAGUGAAACAGCUGUGGAUCCAACCCUUCCAAAAUCAUAUGAAGCCAUGAAGUUCUCUGUGAAGUUAUUAAGCAUGUCUAUAUCAAUACGAGAAAACAAGCAAACUCCUGAGCUGGUAGAAUUUGCAUUAACUGACUUGAGUACAGUAUUUACCCAACGACCAGGUGCACAAGCAAUAAGAUUUGAAACAAAAAUUACCUCACUUGAAGUUACAGGCAUGUCCCGAGAAAAGCGUACACCCUGUCUCCUAUCUUCUCGAACGGUCUAUUCGGACAACAGUACCUCACUCUUAAGCAUAAUGUUUGAGACUAAUCCUUUGGAUGAGAAAGCAGAUCAGAGGCUUAGAAUAGAAUCACAGCCACUGGAAAUAGUAUAUGAUGCAAUGACAAUAAAUAGCUUAGUGGAUUUCUUCAGGCCUCCGAAAGAUGUACAUUUAGAGCAAUUGACGUCAGCAACUCUGAUGAAGCUUGAAGAGUUCCGUGAAAAAACAUCAACAGGUUUGUUGUAUGUUAUCGAAACCCAGAAAGUUCUUGACCUCAAAAUUAACCUCAUGGCUUCGUACAUCAUUGUUCCACAAAAAGGAUUCUAUGACCGUACAUCAAAUUUACUACUUCUGGAUCUUGGUAGUCUUAAGAUGAAAAGCAAAAGCCGUUCUGAUUUAUCAGAACUCAAAGUAGGACAAACCUCUAUUGAAGAUAUAAUGUCAAGAGCUUAUGACUCUUUUGAUAUCCAGCUCAGCAGUAUACAGUUACUGUACAGCAAACACGAUGAGGACUGGCAAGCGGCUCGGAAGCUGAAACAUUCAUCUCAACAUAUCUUGCAGCCCUUGGAUGUAAAAGUGGAAUUUAGCAGGGCUCUGGUUGUUACAGAUGCAAGAAUGCCCAAGUUCAAACUGUCUGGACAGCUGCCUUUACUUUCUAUCCAAAUAUCAGACCAGAAGCUGACAAGUAUCUUGGAGCUAAUUGAUAGCAUUCCUAAGCCAGAAAGUGCUCCUGCUACCAGUUCUCCUCCAAAAACAACUGAGGCUGCAAUAUCCCCUGUGCUCUCAGCACCACAUUUAUCACAAGGUGUGUUUCCUGUUUUGGAUCUUCAUUCGUUUGCUGAGUCAGAAUCAGAAGAAGAAUUUUAUGAUGCUUUAAGCAGUCCUGUGGAAGACAUGCCAUUUUUUGAAGCCCCAUGUGGUUCCCUCAAGCGAGCUAGCAGUACAAGGCGAAAAAGACUGCGUAAACAAGAAUCUUUGAAAAAUAUGACAGAAUGCCAGCUAAGGUUUGAAGUAGCUGAGGUCUUAAUUAAAUUAUGCCGUCUUACUGGUAAUGCUGAGACACCUGUGCUGCAACUUGAUAUUGUAGGGUUAGGCACUGAACUUAAAUUAAGAACAUUUGACAUGACUGCAAAUGCUUUCCUUCGUGAAGUUUGUCUGCUGUGCCCAGAGUAUAUGGAUGAUAAUGACAAGCCAGUUUACAUAAUUACUACUUUGGAUAAUGUAGAAGAUGAUCUUCUAACUCUGGAGUACAUAAAGGCUGAUAUUAAUGGACCAGAACUGAAAACUGCCUAUCAGAAUGUUCUACAGAAAAUAAAGGUGAACUUUUCAUCUCUAGAUGUUCAUUUGCAUACUGAAGCUCUGCUGAAUUCUAUGAACUAUCUGAAUAAUCUUAUACCCAAAAAAGAAACUAAGGUUGCAGAAGAACCAGUCCAUGAAAAAAUAGAGGAGAAGAAGGAUGUUCUUAAGAAAUUAACAUCAAAAAAAUCAAAGUAUGAAGAUGUUAUCGAUCUCAAUAUCUGUGCGGAUUUAUCCUGUUUACGUAUCUUUAUUAGAGGGAAAAAACAUAGAAUAGCUGAAAUUCACAUUGAAGGUCUGGAUAGCCAAGUGAUCAUGAAGAAAGCAGCAACUGAAGUGACUGCAAAAUUAAAGAACAUCAUUAUUGUGGAUUCUGAUGAGACAGCAUUGUAUAAAAAGGCUCUUUACAUCACAGGAAAAGAAGUCUUCAACUUUAGAAUGAUAUCAUAUGUGAAUGCUACAGAUGGCAUUGCGUAUACAAAUAUGGAUGUUGUUGACAAUCGUAUUUACCUAACUGUUGGGUGUAUUCAAGUAGUUUUUGUCAACAAGUUUGUUUCGUCUAUUUUGGCUUUUAUAAAUAACUUUCAAGCUGCCAAGGAAGCUCUUACUGAGGCAACCGUUCAAGCAGCAGAGAAAGCAGCUACAGGUGUAAAAGAGCUAGCGGAACGUAGUUCACGCUUGGCACUAGAUAUCAAUAUUAAAGCACCUGUUGUGAUAGUUCCACAGUCAGCAAUGUCUGCAAAUGUCCUGGUGGCUGAUCUUGGUCUAAUCACCGUGAAGAACCAAUUCUUUAUCGCUAAAACAAAGACACGGUAUAAUCUCCCGCCUGUUGUUGACUCUAUGACAGUGAAAUUGAGUGAACUAAAGUUAUACAGAUCAUGCUAUGAGCAGGGUUCAUUGCAAACUGAAGUACAGUUGCUGCAGCCACUCAAUCUGGAAGUAGCUGUUGAACGAAAUUUAGCUGCUGCAUGGUAUAACGAAGUUCCUGAUAUUGAAAUAUCUGGCCGACUCAAGCCUAUGAAUCUAAUUCUUAGUCAGGAAGAUAUUACCACAAUAUUGAGGACGCUAAAUGAAAAUAUAGGUGGAAGUUCUGGUGCGUCGACAUCUUUACCAGAACCGAAAGAUACGACUAGCCAUUGUAGUGAUAUGCAUAGUACUUCACAGCACUCUGCAGGUGUAACAGUUGUGACAUCAGCUGUGGUGGAAUUGCAUUCACCUAUGAAAAUAAAAACAACACUAAAACUGGACUUCAGAUUCGACUCUCUGACUUUAGUAUUGUAUAGUCCAAAUUCAAAACAGGUUACAAAUUUGGAUCAGAGAGAUGACCUUUUGAAGCUUGCAGAGUUUAAGUUAGUUUUGAUGUCAGCUGCUCUCAAAAUGUUAUCAGAUGGUUCAAUGAAUGCUUCAGUCAAGCUGGCAAACUGUACAUUAGAUGAUAAAAGACACUCAAUCCAGAAGGCUACACCAAGGAUGGUGGAAAUGAAACAUGGAUUUGAAAAGAAGGUUAUGGUGGAUAUAAGCUAUAAGCAGGGGAGAGAUGGCACUGUUCUUGAUGUGAUUGUUCAGGAGAUAUACCUUUGUGCAAGCAUGGAGUUUCUACUUACUGUUGCCGAUAUAUUCCUAAAGGCUAAUGCAGAAAGUGCUGCUGCACAGAGAAGUCUCAAACAGUCGUUACCUUUAAAGGAACAAGCACCUGUGCAGCCUGUAUCUACAAUGGAAAUGAACAUUGUUGUUAAAAAUCCAGAGAUUGUGUUUGUGGCCGAUUUAACAAGAAGCGAUGCUCCUGCAUUGGUGGUUACAACACAGUGUGAGGUCUUCAUUAAAAAUAGCCCUGAAAGGUAUAGCAUGACAGCUGCUGUUAAAGAGAUACAAAUGAAAGCAUGCCCAUUUCUUCCAGAAAAAAGGAAAGGGAAUGUUACUACGGUAUUACAGCCUUGUGACUUCUUCUUUGAAAUGAAACAGUCAGGUACUAAUCCACAGACAGCUGAUCUAACGAUUAAAUCUCUAACAAUAAAAGUUUCACCAAUAAUCAUAAACACUGUAAUUACUAUUACAUCAGCCCUUUAUCAAACUGCAGAAACAACAGAAGAAAUAAGUCAAAUUCCUCCAGACUUGUGGAAUAAGAAAGAUAUAAAAAAUCUAAAACUGUGGUUUCUUGAAGAAUCAAAUGAAAAUGAAGAUACAAAUCCAACCACUGAACUGGUUCCCACAGGAGAGUCAUUGAAAAUGAGUAUAGAAUCUGUUUUUCUAACACUUGAAGCUGGUGUUGGGCACCGAACUGUACCAAUGCUUUUAGCCAAGUCUUCAUUUCUUGGAGAAGUCAAAAACUGGAGUACUCUAAUCAACCUACGUUCUCGUCUUGAGCUAGAGGUACACUAUUUUAAUGAGAUGUUUGGGGUGUGGGAACCCUUGCUUGAACCACUAGAAGUUGAGAAGACUGAUUUAUUUAAACCAUGGAUUCUUGAUAUCAAGAUGAAGAAGAAGGCUAAAAAAGCGUUGGUUGAAUCAGAUGCAGAAGAAGAAGAAAACUACAAAGUUCCAGAAUAUAAAACAGUAAUAAAUGUUUCCUCAAAAGACCAGCUAAACAUUACACUAUCCAAAUGUGGGCUACAAAUGUUGAGUAACUUGGGCACGGCAUUUGCUGAAGCAGCUAGUCAGACUUCAGACAUCUUCAAAAAAGACCGAGCACCAUUUGUAAUAAUAAAUUCUUUAGGACUUCCCAUCACUGUCUCGCCUAGCGAUUCCUUUAGUGUCCUUAAUGUUGAAUUUGGAGCAAAAAUAUUUCAUUUAAGAGAUGGAGAGAAUUUAAAUAUGGAAUUUGUUAGAACUAAAAGUGAGAGUGACCAGUUCACAGCAAUGACAAGUCUAAGCAGCAAGAGGUUUUACAUUCAGAUCUGUCCACAUAAUCAUUCCACUGUGGAAAAGAUUCCAUUGACAAAAGUGGGUCGAUGUAUUUACAGAGUGAGACACGAGGAAUCAGGUGUUGAAAGGUCCAUUGUCUGCCAAAUUGAUACUGUUGAAGGAAGCAAGAUGAUAACUAUACGUUCUCCUAUUCAGAUAAGGAAUCAUUUUUCAAUCCCGUUAAAUAUUUUUGAUGAAGGAAGAUGUUUAGGGACUGCUUCACCAGAAAAUGAAUUCAGCAUACCAUUGUCCUCUUACAGAUCCGUACUGAGUUUGCAACCGCUAGCCAAUGAAAAUGGAGUGAAUGGAGAAUACGAUAUGUGUGAAGGAAUUACAUUUGAUGAAAUUAUGAAAAAUGUUGACAGUUUAUUACAAAGGAAAUGCCAGUCUGUGAGGUCAACUAACCACUCACUUAUCAUCAAUAUUGUUCCUGUAAAAGACACGUUGACAUCUUCAUUAUGUGCAGAAGAUCAAUGGGAUUUUCCAUAUGUUGUUCAUUUAUGGCCUUCUGUUCUUCUCCGCAAUCUCCUUCCUUAUCAAAUUACUUAUUCUGUAGAGGGAAAUGGGAACAAAUAUGACGCUCUACAAGAAGGAUGUUCAGCCCAGAUCCAUAAUGCAGUCUUGGAUCAAACAAAACUAGAUUUGCAGUUGCUUAACUAUCUUGAUCAAAAUUGGAAAAGUGAGUACCAUAUAAAAAGCAAUCUGCCGGACAUCAGCUUCACGACGUUUUACUGCAUCACGGAGUUGGAUAAGACUGAAUUGGAUAUUGCUGUCCAUGUGACCUACACAACUGGGCAGAUGGUUAUAGCAAUUCACAGUCCGUACUGGAUGGUAAAUAAAACCGGUCGAAUGUUGCAAUACAAAGCUGAUGGUAUUCACCGCAAGCAUCCUCCGGAUUACAAAAAGCCACUCCUUUUUUCUUUCCAGCCCAAAAACUUCCUCCAAAAUAACAAGGUGCAACUUAUGGUAACUGACAGUGAACUGUCUGAUCAGUUUUCACUGGACACUGUUGGAAGUCAUGGUUCUGUGAAAUGCAAGAGUCAUAAAAAGGAAUAUCAAGUUGGUGUCACCAUAAACAUCAGCAGUUUUAAUAUUACUAGAAUUGUAACUUUCACUCCAUUUUUUAUGAUCUCGAAUAGAAGCAAAUACACUUUGGAAGUAGCUGAAGAAGGCAAGGAAAAAUGGAUUCCCAUUGUCUUGCAACAGUGCAUUCCUUUUUGGCCUGAAAAUGAUGCCAACAAACUGCUUGUUAGAGUUGAAAAUUCUAACCUCCCCCCAAAGAAGAUAAAUUUUGAUAAGCAAGAAAACUGUCUGCUACUGCAUUUGGACAACAAGCUUGGAGGAAUUACAGUGGAUGUUAACCUGACUGAACAUUCUACAGUAAUUACCUUUUCUAAUUAUCAUGAUGGCGCAGCUCCAUUUCUGUUGAUAAACCAUACUAAAGAGGAAAUUAUUGAGUAUGGACAAAGCUCCCUCAGUGAAUUGGAAGACUGUCUUCAGCCAAAUAAGGCAGUACUGUAUACUUGGGCGGACCCAGCAGGAUCUAGAAAAUUGAAAUGGAAAUGUGGAAAUAGAACUGAGGAAAUUACCCCAAAAGAGGACAAAAUGGAAAUACUCAGCCUGGAUAGUAGAAAAGCGGUCUAUUUAGUGUCAUUUUUUGAAGGUUUGCAGCGUAUUGUCCUGAUCACUGAAGAUGAGAAUGUAUUUAAAUUGACAUAUGAAAGUGUAAAGGCAGAACUAGCAGAACAAGAAAUUAUUCUGUCUUUGCAAGAUGUUGGAAUUUCGUUGGUUAAUAAUUAUACAAAGCAAGAGGUGUCCUAUAUUGGAAUUACAAGUUCUGAUGUAGUUUGGGAGACAAAACCCAAGAAGAAGUCAAGAUGGAGACCAAUGAGUGUUAAGCAGACUGAUAAAUUAGAGCAAGAAUUCAAAGAUUACAGUGAGCUAACUCCUUCAGAAAAUAAGAUUAUUGAGUUGGAAUCAAAUGUUUUGGUGUGUUUAACUCCUAAUGGAAUGAACAUGAAAAUUCAACAACCAAAUGAGAUUCCUAUCAGAAGGAAUUAUCUGCCAGCUUUAAAAGUGGAAUACAGUUCAUCUGCACAUCAGAAGUCUUUCAGAAUUCAAAUUUACAGGAUACAGAUACAAAACCAGAUUCCUGGAGCCAUAUUUCCCUUUGUGUUCUAUCCUAUUAAACCUCCAAAGUCCAUCACCUUGGAUUCAGCACCAAAACCAUUUACUGAUGUCAGUAUUGUUAUGAGAACCGCAGGACAUUCACAAAUAUCUCAUAUUAAGUAUUUUAAGGUCUUGAUUCAAGAGAUGGAUCUCAGAUUAGAUCUUGGAUUCCUGUAUGCACUGGUUGAAUUCUUUACACAGACUGAUGUGCCGAAGAAAACCAAAAAAGAACUUUUCAAAAAGGAUGUCGAAUCUCUUCAAGAAGAACUGAUGAGUGUGUCAUCAAUGGAUACAUCACAAAUCAGCUUGUAUGAAUACUUUCAUAUCUCUCCAAUUAAGUUACACUUAAGCUUUUCACUCAGUACGGGUGGAGAAGACAGUAACAAAGAAGAAAGAAAGAAUGAAUUGAUACCACAUAUGUUGGAUUUUAUUUUGCUCUGCAUAAUAAGGACUUUUUCUCUUUUCUUUUUUUUUAGGCUGGCAUUCUUUGAACUCUGCUAUCAUUUCUGUACUACACAACAGCUCCAGUCGGCAGUUGUAAGGCAUUAUUCAAAACAGGCUAUUAAACAGAUGUAUGUUCUUAUUCUUGGCCUUGAUGUCUUGGGUAAUCCAUUUGGAUUCAUAAGAGGCUUGUCUGAAGGCGUAGAAGCAUUCUUCUAUGAACCUUACCAGGGAGCCAUCCAGGGUCCUGAAGAAUUUAUAGAAGGAAUGGCACUAGGACUUAAAGCACUAGUAGGGGGAGCUGUUGGUGGAUUAGCUGGUGCUGCAUCGAGAAUCACUGGUGCUAUGGCAAAAGGAGUAGCUGCGAUAACUAUGGAUCAGGAUUACCAGCAGAAAAGGAGAGAAGCCAUGAAUAAACAGCCCACUGGUCUGAGAGAGGGUAUCACUCGUGGUGGAAAAGGAUUAGUUUCUGGUUUUGUCAGUGGCAUAACAGGAAUAGUUACAAAACCAAUAAGAGGAGCUCAGAAAGAAGGAGCAGCUGGUUUUUUCAAAGGUGUUGGAAAAGGCUUAGUGGGAGCAGUAGCUAGGCCUACUGGAGGAAUCAUAGACAUGGCAAGCAGCACAUUUCAGGGUAUUAAAAAAGUUGCAGAUUCGUCAGAAGAUGUGAUAAGCCUGCGCCCACCUCGCUUCUUUGGUGAAGAUGGAGUUAUUAGACCUUACAGAUUAAGAGAUGGAGCCGGAAGUCAAAUGUUACAGAAAAUUGAAAAUGGAAGAUUUGCAAAACUCAGAUACAUUGCACAUGCUAUGGUCAACAGUACAGACCUGUUAAUGGUAACAAAAAGUGGUGUGUUAUUUGUGACAAAAGGGACAUUUGGACAGCUGACAUGUGAAUGGCAAUACACUUAUGAUGAAUUUACCAAAGAACCAUUCAUCGUUGAUGGCAGAAGGUUACGCAUUGAAGCCAAGGAACGAGUUAAGUCUGUGUUCCAUGCCAAAGAAUUUGGAAAAAUUAUCAAUUUUAAAAGUCCAGAGGAUGCUAAGUGGAUCCUUUCUAAACUGGAAGAAGUGAGAGAGAAUCAGCCAAAAUUGUAA